AUGGAACGGUACUUUCAGAGAAAGAGUUUAAAUCCUCCUUCAAAUAAUCCGUCUAGUUCCAACCCUCCUUCAAAUAAUCCGGCUAGUUCCAACCUUUCCUCAAAUAAUCCGGCUAGUUCAAAUAAUCCAUCUACUUCACAUCCUCCCUUGAAUAAUUUGAGUAGUCCAAAACGAUCGGAGGUCACUGAGUUUGAUGAAAUAUUGGCUAAUCUUCCUACAGACCCUAGACUUAGACCUCCAAUGACUUAUUAUGAUCCCAAUUUUCAAGAACAAAUCCGAAGAGCCUAUCUGCAAAGGGGUCCUUGUCAGCCUAAAAGCCAAAAUGACAUGCCUCAAACACUUAUGGGGGAGAGUAAUCGACGUUUUCUUGUGAAAUGGUUUGAUUCGUUUGUUUGGUUGGAGUAUAGUAAAGAAAAAGAUGCUGCAUUUUGUAUUCAUUGUUAUCUUUUUAAAUGCUACUUUGAUAAACAAGGAAAGGCUGGAAGCGAUGUCUUCACUGAGAAAGGGUUUAAAAAUUGGAGGAAGGGACCUGAGAAUUUUAGGGACCAUGUUGGACAAGUUGGAAGUCUUCACAAUAAAGCUACACAACAUUGUACAGAUUUAAUGAAUCAGAAGCAACACGUUGAAACCAUUGUGAUCAAGCAGACAGACCAAGCUCGUAGUAAUUAUCGCAUUCUAUUAACUGCCGCACUUGAUUGCACUAGAUAUUUAUUGCGACAAGGUCUUCCUUUUCGUGGUCAUGUUGAAAGCGAAACAUCUAGCAAUAAGGAUAAUUAUGUGGAGCUUUUGCAAUUUCUUGCCGAUCAUGAUGAGAAAGUUUCGUGCCGUUGCGUUUGA